AUGAAACCUCAGAUCGGUACGCUCUCAGCGAAUUCGACCUUCCCUGUGGAAGCCUUAGGGAGAGGCGCCGAGCCUGCCCCUACGAAAUAUGCCUUUGCCACCAUCCUGACCGCCGAAGGCGAUCUCGAGUUUCCAGAUAUCAAGGAACCCUACCUUCGAGCUGCUCGACUUCUUACCUACCAACUUCUUCACAACCCCAAAACCCGAAAUGAGUCUUAUGGCAUUCCACUCCUGGUUCUUGCGACCCCAGGUGUACCCAAAGGCCACUUGGAAAUUUUGAGAAACGACGGAGCCACCGUGAUGCCUGUGGAAACUCUCCACCGUGACUGGAUUCAUCCAAAAUGGGACCGCUGGGGGGAUGUACUCGCCAAGCUAAACCUGUGGACGCUUGAAGAGUAUGAGAAGAUCGCAUUUUUGGAUGCGGACUCAAUUAUCUUCCACCCAAUUCAUGAAAUAUUCGAAGUUCAGGCGACUGAUAUUCGCCCAACACGACUCUCCAACACAAAUGGAACUGUUCAUCCUGAUCUUAUUGACAAGUUGCCCCCCGAGUAUAUGAUAGCCGGGACUCAUGAUCUGUGGAUUGAACAAUACAUGCCCCCUCCGGAAAACAUGGUCUUCUACGAAGCGGGGUCGUAUGUGAAUGCAGGGUUCUUUGUCCUUUCCCCUUCGAAGGCGAUGUUUGAUUACUACGACGCCAUCCUUGAUAUCCCCCAGCAAUUCGAGCCCAACUAUCCCGAACAGAACCUAUUAAAUUAUGCUCACCGGUCGAACGGACCGAUGCCAUGGCAGUCUGUCGGCUCUGAGUGGAAUUCGAAGUGGCCGACUGAGCAGAAUUUACAGAACGGGUUGAAAUCAAUUCACCAUAAAUGGUGGCGACCAAUAUCGGAUACAUAUGUGGGUGAAUGCAUUGCUGAUGCGGUUCAAGAAAUGGAAAUUUAUCUAAAUAGAACGAACGAGUCAUCAUGA